AUGGGCAGUGUUGAAACGCAAUCAUGGCUGCAGAAGCUCGAGGAGCAGUUGAAUGUCGAUGUCGACUGGAUGGACCCAACAUACUCCAAGAACCUCCAAAUCAUGCCAAAUGACAUGACCAGCAAUAACCUUUGGGUCAAUAUUCAAAUGUCACACCCCAACAACAAAGAGCUCUUCAAUAGUUCUGUGAAGGAGCUGAAGAACGAGGGCUGGCUCGCUAUCUACAAUCGCAUUGCUGUUGGAUUGUGCAAAGCGAAUAUCAAUAAUAUCAAGGGUCGUGUAGCGCUGCAGGUAGACCCCCACGAGGCGUACAAUACCCAAGCUGUAUUAGACCACGCUCGCGCGUAUGCUCGUGAAUUCGAGCGAGCUGGAAUCCCGAAGACGAGGUAUUUCAUCAAGAUACCAUCCACAGGACCGGCAUUGAAUGCUGCACCCGCCCUGGAGGCCGAGGGAAUUCGCACCCUCGGUACGGCGUUGUUUAGCUUGCCGCAAGCCAUUGCGUGCAGCCAGGCCGGAAUGCUCUACAUCAGCCCGUACUAUAAUGAAACUCGAGCGCACGACGAUCUCAGUCUAUGGCCAAAUGUCGAAGAUCCUGCGACUCAGCACACCAUGUCUGCGCGUAUUAUCCACAUUCUAGAGACUUAUAAGCGACUGUACAAAGAGACGGGCAAGGAUCAGCCUCUUCUGAAGAAUGCGAGCUUUAUUACGCCUAAAGAGGCGAUGGCCGCUGGGGAGAUGGGAUGCCACUCGGCGACGAUCUCUCACACAGUACUGGAUGAAUUGGCGAAGCUCCCUUAUGAUGGAUCCAAACAGCCGGGAGAAGGGGUUCCAAAGCCCGCUCAUGCAUACAAGAACGCUCAGCCGACGCCGGAGCGGCUGAAGAUAUUGUCUAACGUUGACCCGUUGGCGGCUGCGGAUUGGGAUGGGAAGCUUGCAAGCACCGACAUCGACUAUCUCGCUAACAACGGCGCGGAGCUUGAGAAGGCCAUUGAAAAGGAUCCAAUCACGGUCCAGCGAUUAGAUGAUGCUCUGAAGCUCUUCCAAGGAGGGAUUAGCGAGAGCAGGGGAAAGAUCGAGGAAGCCAUGAAGAAAGUAUAG